AUGAAUUCUGAAUCGUCUUCUCAUUCUCGGUCCGACGAGGAGAUAUCUCAUUCUUCUUCCGAAGAGGAGGUACCUCCCGCUCCCACCGGAUGGGAUGUCGCGGGUUUCGCCAACAACCCAGUCAACAACUAUAUCUCCCGUUUCAUACAAAGCGAGCUUGCUCGAAUGCAGCAGCCACCCCAACGGCCAAUCCGCAGGCGGCGCCGAUACAUCCCCCGCGACCACGCUGGUGGGCACGAUCGGCUGUUCGCCGAUUAUUUUGCUGAGGAACCACGUUAUCCGGCAGAUGUAUUUCGUCGCCGAUUCAGAAUGCGCCGCUCCCUCUUCCUGCGCAUUGUUAAUGCGUUGUCCGCGCGUUACCCCGAGUUCCGGCUCCAGCGAGACGCCACAGGGAAGCCCGGUCUAUCGCCCCUGCAGAAAUGCACUGUUGCCAUCCGACAAUUGGCAUAUGGAGGGUCCGCCGACAUGUUCGAUGAGUAUCUGCAAUGCGGCGAGACGACUGGACAACGAGUGCCCGAAGAAUUUUUGUCAGGGCGUGCGAGAGAUAUUUGGGGAGCACUACCUUCGCUCGCCGGACGCACUGACCGCGCUCCUCGCCGGAUUGGCACCGGAGGAGCCACGGCUUUCCGGGGAUGCUCGGCAAAGAUCGAUCGUAUGCACCGGCAGUGGAAGAACCGCCCAACCGCGUGGCGAGGCCAGGCCACUACCGGCUACAAAGGCCCCUCCAUCGAAUUCACGGCCAAUGGCAAUGUGCAUAACAUGGGGUACUACCUGGCUGACGGCAUCUAUCCGCAAUGGCCCGUGUUUUUGAAGACGAUCAGAUGUCCAAUCGGAGAUAGUAGAAAGUAUUUUGCCCGAGCGCAAGAGUCUGCGCUCAAGGAUGUGGAGAGGGCGUUUGGGGUGCUCCAAUCGCGAUUUGCACUGGUAAAGGGCCCGACGCGCUUUUUCUACCAGGGGGAUAUUGCCGACAUCAUGUAUGCGUGCAUCAUCAUGCAUAACAUGAUCAUCGAUGAUGAACACGAAGGCGUCCUCAACGUCACCAACGACACUAGUGUUGCAUCAUCGAGUCACGGUGUCUCAACCGAGUCCGAGUCCGCCCGCCGGGGUGUACCGUACAACGAACAUGAACGGUUCAAGGCGUUCAUGGACAUACACCAGAAGGAGGCCCAUCGAGCACUACAACACGAUAUGAUCGAAGAAUUGUGGGCAAAUAGAAACCGCGCCCACCGCCCUUGA